UUACUAUUACCUUGAUUUUGCUGAGAGUCUGAUUUACUGAAAAAGUUUUUCUUGUGCUUAUAGAAUGACAACAGAGAACGGCAGGAGCACAAUGACAGGCGGAGAGUUGGCCACCCUGAGCCGUUAUCUAAUGGACGACCCCAGGGUAACUCGAGGCAGGUGGUGGAACAAGAUGAGGAAGAAGACGAGGAGCUGACAUUGAAAUAUGGCGCCAAGCAUGUGAUCAUGCUCUUUGUCCCUGUGACUCUCUGCAUGGUGGUGGUAGUGGCUACCAUCAAAUCAGUCAGCUUUUAUACCCGGAAGGAUGGGCAGCUAAUCUAUACCCCAUUCACAGAAGAUACCGAGACUGUGGGCCAAAGAGCCCUGCACUCAAUUCUGAAUGCUGCCAUCAUGAUCAGUGUCAUUGUUGUCAUGACUAUUCUCCUGGUGGUUCUUUAUAAAUACAGGUGCUAUAAGGUUAUCCAUGCCUGGCUUAUUAUAUCAUCUCUAUUGCUGCUGUUCUUUUUUUCAUUCAUUUACUUGGGGGAAGUGUUUAAAACCUAUAACGUUGCUGUGGACUACAUUACUGUUGCACUCCUGAUCUGGAAUUUUGGUGUGGUGGGAAUGAUUGCCAUUCACUGGAAAGGUCCACUUCGACUCCAGCAGGCAUAUCUCAUUAUGAUUAGUGCCCUCAUGGCUCUGGUGUUUAUCAAGUACCUCCCUGAAUGGACUGCAUGGCUCAUCUUGGCUGUGAUUUCAGUAUAUGAUUUAGUGGCUGUUUUGUGUCCAAAAGGUCCACUUCGUAUGCUGGUUGAAACAGCUCAGGAGAGAAAUGAAACACUUUUUCCAGCUCUCAUUUACUCCUCAACAAUGGUGUGGUUGGUGAAUAUGGCUGAAGGAGACCCGGAAGCUCAAAGGAGGGUAUCCAAAAACUCCAAGUAUAAUGCAGAAAACACAGAAAGGGAGUCACAAGACACUGUUGCAGAGAAUGAUGAUGGCGGCUUCAGUGAGGAAUGGGAAGCCCAGAGGGACAGUCAUCUAGGGCCUCAUCGCUCUACACCUGAGUCACGGGCUGCUGUCCAGGAACUUUCCAGCAGCAUCCUUGCUGGUGAAGACCCAGAGGAAAGGGGAGUAAAACUUGGAUUGGGAGAUUUCAUUUUCUACAGUGUUCUGGUUGGUAAAGCCUCAGCAACAGCCAGUGGAGACUGGAACACAACCAUAGCCUGUUUUGUAGCCAUAUUAAUUGGUUUGUGCCUUACAUUAUUACUCCUCGCCAUUUUCAAGAAAGCAUUGCCAGCUCUUCCAAUCUCUAUCACCUUUGGGCUUGUUUUCUACUUUGCCACAGAUUAUCUUGUACAGCCUUUUAUGGACCAGUUAGCAUUCCAUCAGUUUUAUAUCUAGCAUAUUUGCAGUUAGAAUCCCAUGGAUGUUUCUCCUGUGACUUUAACAAAAUCUGGGGAGUACAAAGGUGACUUUCCUGUGUCCACAUCUAACAAAGUCAAGAUUCCCAGCUGGACUUUUGCAGCUUCCUUCCAAGUUUUCCUGACCGCCUGCACUAUUGGACAUUGGAAGGAGGUGCCUAUAGAAAACAAUUUGAACAUACUUCAUCACAGUGAACUGUGUCCCUCGGUGCAGAAACUACCAGAUUUGAGGGACAAGGUCAAGGAGACAUGAUGGGCCCGGAAGUUGCUGUGCUCCAUCAGCAGCUUUCCCUCGGUCGCAGGAAGAUUUCACCAACACUGCGGACUCUCAGGACUACCGUUACCAAGAGGUUAGGUGAAGUGGUUUAAACCAAAUGGAACUCUUCAUCUUAAACUACAUGUUGAAAAUCAACCCAAUAAAUCUGUAUUAACUGAAUUUGGAACUUUUCAGGAGGUACUGUGAGGAAGAGCAGGCACCAGCAGCAGAAUGGAGAGGUGGGCAGGGGCUCCAGCUUCCCUUUGACUUUUUGCUGCAGACUCAUCCUUUUCAAAUGAGACUUGUUUCCCCUCCUCUUCGAGUCAAGUCAGAUGUGUAGAUUGACUUUGGCAAUUUUUGUUCUUAAGCACUGACACUUAUUACCAUCUGUGAUUGCCAUUUCUUUCCAAGGCCAGUCUGAACCUGAGGUUGCUUUAUCCUAAAAGUGUUAACCUCAGGUUCCAAAUUCAAUACAUUCUGGAAAUCACAGAACUAUUUCCCAUCGAUUCUCCAUAAUCCUGAAGUCAAUUUUGGAUUUUCCACCAAAUUCUGAAUUUGUAGACAUACUUGUAAGUUCACGUGCCCUGGAUGCCUCCUCUGUCCUCGUUCUUCUCUCACUCCCACACAAGCAGUCCUAUUCUACAGCCAGUAAGGCAGCCCUGUUGUGAUAGCAGAUGAUCCCGUUAUUCUAGGGUUUUACUCUGUAUGAUGAAAAGAAUGUGUUACGAAUUGGUGCUGUCAGCCCUGCUGUCAGACCAUUUCCAUAGCAAAUGAAAUGUAUGCCCAAAGACAGUAGAAUUAAAGAAGAGUAAAAUGGCUGUUGAAGCAC